GCGCGCGGCUGCAGCUGGAGCUCCAGCGCCCGGAGUUGGAGUUGCCGGGAGUUUCCCCCCCACCCCUCCCUUUUCGCGCGCGGCGGCAGGAGCCGGCGCGGGAGCCGCGAGCGGCGGCUAACCAGCACCCGGGCCGGCUAAGCCUUGUCCGGAGCCCGGAGCCGCGCGCGGGGCAGCCCCCCGGGGAGGAGCCUCGUGCGCUGGGACGCGUGCCGCGCACUGGCACGGCUGGGGCGCGAGCCAGGCUGCACGAAGAUUCACUGCGUGCUGUCUUCGCUUGUUCUACAAUGAGUGCCAAAUCUGCUAUCAGCAAGGAAAUUUUUGCACCUCUUGAUGAAAGGAUGCUGGGAGCUGUCCAAGUCAAGAGGAGGACAAAGAAAAAGAUUCCUUUCUUGGCAACUGGAGGUCAAGGCGAAUAUUUAACUUAUAUCUGCCUGUCAGUGACAAACAAGAAACCCACACAGGCGUCCAUUACAAAGGUCAAACAGUUUGAAGGCUCCACAUCAUUUGUUCGGAGAUCACAGUGGAUGCUCGAGCAGCUUCGCCAGGUUAAUGGUAUCGAUCCUAAUGGGGAUUCGGCAGAGUUUGAUUUGUUGUUUGAAAAUGCUUUUGACCAAUGGGUAGCCAGCACAGCGUCAGAAAAAUGCACCUUCUUCCAGAUCCUCCACCAUACCUGCCAGAGGUACCUCACGGACAGGAAGCCGGAGUUUAUUAACUGCCAAUCCAAAAUUAUGGGAGGAAACAGCAUCCUCCAUUCAGCUGCCGACAGCGUGACCAGCGCAGUGCAGAAGGCAAGCCAGGCCUUGAAUGAGCGCGGAGAGAGAUUAGGCCGAGCAGAGGAGAAAACAGAAGACCUGAAGAACAGUGCCCAGCAGUUUGCAGAAACUGCGCACAAGCUCGCCAUGAAGCACAAAUGUUGAGAAACUGCCUAUCCUGGUGACCCUUCUUAAGAGAAACUGAAGAGUUUGUUCAGCAGUUUUUACAAGAAUUCGGGACCUCUGCUUGCUUCUUUUUUCCAAUAUUUGGACACUUAGCGUGGUUUUUGUUUUUUCUUUUCAGAUGUUAAUGUGAAAGAAAGGGUGUUGCAUUUUUACACUUCCCUAAUGAUCUUGCUAAUAAAUACUACAACAGCAUCAGCUUCAUUUUGGGUUUUUCCCUCCCCCCACUGUGUGUAUGUGUGUAUAUGUAUGAAUAUGUUUUCUUUAUUAAAAAAUAUUUUUUGUAGUUCGAAUGUGAAAUUUGGACCAAAUGAUAAACUGCGCUGGGUCUAAACUGGCAACAUGUAUUUUUUUCUCUGACAUGAAGCAGGAAGACAUUUUAAUGUGGUGACAUCAGAUGUUGUUUUUCCUAGAUGAAAAUGAAAGUCAAGCAGUGCUUAGUUUCACUCACUGUCCUUGCUACACUUAAUUUGAAGAUUAAAAUUCUACAUUGUAGAAAACAAUUGGAUUUAUUGGGGAAAACAGCAGUCUUAGAUUUUGCUCCUUGCAUAGUAAUCUUUUGCAUGAACCAUCACCUGCAUUCAAAAAUAAAAAAUCAGAAUCACA